GAGUGAAAUUUACUAGUGCUAAUUCGUUAAUGGUGGCACUACUGCUGGUUUCAUUUUACAUAGUUGAUGUUGUUUCGUUUGAUUCAUCUUCUUCCAAUCAUUCUUCGUUAACUCGCAAAAUACAAUUACGGGUAGUGGUAGCAGAAGAAGUAGAAGCUCUAUUCAAGUGGAAAUCUAGUCUUAAUAUAUCUCACUCUUUGCUUAAUUCUUGGAAGAUAAAUUCUACUGCGAUUACAACGAGUCCGUGCAAGUGGUAUGGAAUCACUUGUAACAGCCAGGGAAGCAUCACGGAUUUGAAACUAAAAGGUUUGGGCAUUCAAGGUACACUCCUUAAUUUCAACUUUUCAUCUUUCGCCAACUUAUUUAGUAUCAACUUGCGGAACAACACAUUCUUCGGAUACAUACCCUUUCAGAUAAGUUACCUUUCGAAACUAGCCUACCUUGAUCUUUCUUACAAUAAUUUUUCUGGAUAUAUCCCACCAGAAAUAGGUUCCGCUACAAGUUUGCGCGGACUAGACAUUGGUUAUAAUCAAAUUAUUGGUUCAGUUCCUACUUCUUUGUGUAAUCUGACCAACCUGACCUAUCUACUCUUAUAUGAAAAUCAACUUUCUGGCGGAAUUCCACGUGAAAUCGGGAAGCUAGAGUCUCUUACUCAUCUUGAAUGGGAUUCAAACAAUCUCAUUGGUCCAAUUCCAAUUUCUUUAUACAACCUGACCAACUUAGAAACAUUAUACCUUGCACUCAAUCAAUUUUCCGGUAGUAUUUCUCGAGAAAUCGGAGGGCUAAGGUCUCUUACUGACUUCCAGUUAACAGGCAACAAUUUCACUGGUCCAAUUCCAACUUCUUUAUGCAAUCUGAGCAACCUAAACACUUUAUACCUUGAAAACAAUCAAUUUUCGGGUACCAUUCCUGGCGAAAUUGGAAGGCUAACGUUUCUUACCGAGUUUGAACUGGCAACAAAUAACUUCACCGGCUCAUUACCUGCUUCAUUAUGUAAUCUGAGCAAUCUAAAAAGUCUAAACCUUUUUGAAAACAAAUUUUCUGGCACCAUUCCUCGGGAACUCGGAAAGCUAAGGUCUCUUGUAAUCAUUGCAUUGUACACAAACAAUCUUGUAGGUCCGAUCCCUACUUCCAUAGGUAAUCUGAGCAAACUAAACAUUCUAUACCUCAAUGACAAUCAACUCUUCGGUGCCAUUCCGCCAGAAAUUGGUAAGCUGAGGUCUCUUACGGAACUUAUACUGUCCACAAACAACCUCAGUGGCCGAAUCCCAAACUCUUUAUGUUAUCUGAGCAACUUAAAUACACUUUCCCUUAUCGAAAAUAAACUUUCAGGUCCAAUUCCUCGAGAAAUCAGAAGGCUGAGUUCUCUUACUAUCUUAGAAUUAUCCACAAACAAUCUCACCGGUCGAAUUCCUACUUCUCUGUGCAAAUUGACUAGCUUAACAAGUCUACGUAUAUACGAAAAUCAACUUUCUGGUGCCAUUCCUGGCAAAAUCGGAAACAUGAGAGCUCUUAGUGACCUUGAGUUGGCCAGAAAUCAUCUAGUUGGUCCAAUCCCAAGUUCUAUAUGUAAUCUGAGCAACUUAACAAUUUUAUAUCUUUUUCAAAAUCAGCUCUCUGGUGUCAUUCCUCAAGAAAUCGGAAGGCUAACGUCUCUUGCAGACUUGGCACUACAGAAAAACAAUCUCGUCGGUCCGAUCCCUACUUCUUUAUGUCAUUCUACAUUUGGAACCUUAUCUUCCUUGCAAUAUCUCGACAUGUCAGAUAAUAAGCUCAUCGGACCGAUACCCAGACAACUCGGAGAAUGCUCAAAUUUGAUUUCUUUGAAUUUGAGUAGAAAUGGUUUCAAUGGACACAUUCCAUCUCAGAUUGGAAACUUGGAUUCAUUACAGUAUAAAUUGGAUCUCAGUCAAAAUGAGCUUGCAGGGGAGAUACCAUCCGAUCUUGGAAAAUUAAACAAAUUGGUAGAGCUAAAUCUAUCUCACAACAAGCUUUCGGGUUCAGUUCCGAACUCUUUUAGUGAAAUGCUUAGCUUGACCGUUGUUGAUAUUUCGUAUAACGAAUUAAGCGGUCCUAUUCCAAACAUCAAGGCUUUUACGAAUGCUUCAAUUGAUGCAUUGAGGAGCAAUCGAGGUUUAUGUGGUAAUCACUCUGGUGGUCUGAGACCAUGUAAUUCCUCGGUUACGAAUGCAAGACAGGAGGCCAACUCUGACAAACUUGCAGGCGUAAAAAUUCUAGUUCCAUUGUUCGGUUUAUUGUUCAUUUUUUUUGUAGUUCUUGCUUUUCUUUUUCGGUUCCGAAAAAGAUUAGGUAGAAAUGUCGAACAUCAAGAUGAAUCUAAAGCUACGAAUACUGGGAUAAAUCUAUUCUCGAUAUGGAAUUAUGAUGGGAAACUAGUGUUUGAAGAUAUACUUGAUGCAACAGAGAAUUUUGAUACCAAAUAUUGCAUCGGGACGGGAGGGUAUGGGAGUGUUUACAAGGCAGAGUUAUCGACAGGUCAGGUUGUUGCUGUGAAGAAACUUCACUUGUCAGGUGAAGAUUCUGAAAUAGUCGAUCUCAAGGCAUUUGAAAGCGAAGUGCAGGCCUUGACAGAAACUCGUCACCGGAACAUCGUGAAACUCUUUGGUUACUGUUCUAAUCUAGAACGAGGAAUUUCAUUCUUGGUGUACGAGUUUAUAGAAAGGGGAAGCUUGAAAAAUAUUUUAUUUGACGGAGAACUUGCAGCGGAGUUUGAUUGGGCAAAGAGAAUAAAAUUCAUAAAGGGAAUGGCUGAUGCACUUUCUUACAUGCACCAUGACUGCACACCAGCCAUAGUUCACAGGGACGUAACCAGCAACAAUGUUUUGUUGGAUUCAGAUUACGACGCACAUAUCUCUGAUUUCGGUACUGCGAGGAUUUUGAAGCCAGAUUCAUCCAAUUGGACUUCACUUGCUGGAACAUAUGGAUAUGUCGCUCCAGAGCUUGCCUAUACGAUGAAAGUAACGGAAAAAUGCGAUGUUUAUAGCUUUGGCGUGGUCAUGUUAGAAGUACUAAUGGGGAGGCAUCCAUCCGAUGUCAUUGCAUUACUCCCUCCUGCCCACCUACUGUUGUCUUUGGCUUCUAGUACUGUGGGACAAGAUGUAAGGUUGAAAGACAUCUUGGACAAGUGCAUUGAAGCACCAGGAGAUUUGGUGAAAAAGCAAAUAAUGUAUUUUGUGCAGGUUGGAUUUUCAUGCUUACGUAGUGAUCCUCGUACUCGGCCAACUAUGCAAGAAGUAUCGGCACAACUAUCAUUGUCAGCUCAGAGUAUGCAGUCUUUUGGGAAGCCCUUUGAGACUAUUACAUUGGGUGAACUACUGAUAGAUUCACAAGAAUGAUAUAUGUGUAACCAAGCUAUUUCUUGCAAAUUUAGGCCGUAUUUUCAUAUAUUUUCAGAUAUUUAUUCUAGAAAAUAAUAUCUACGCUGCAAAUAUAUAAAGUUCACAUGAAAAGAAAGAUAAAAAUAUUUUAAUUUUUUCAACAUAGAAACAAAAUUUGAGCAAGACAACUAAAUUUGAAUGGGACUCAAGUUGGUAUGCUGCUGAUGGACCUAAACUUGGAGACAGAUACCGCCGCAGACAACAGUUUAGCGCUUACGAAGCACUCAGAAAUUGGGAAAAAACGUUGUAAAGAUAAUUGUGUCUUUAGCAUUCGUCAAGACGGCGGAUAUUAUGGUGAUGGUAAAAGUAAAGAAGGCGAGAAGUAUUCAUUUCACAGGAUGUUUUCUUACAUAUACAAAAAGUGAAUACUUUUUAUUUUGUUAUUAGUCAAUAUUUAAAUCUUAGGUGUUA